UGAUUACCAAAUGUCAUCCUCUAUCAUGUUAUAAAUAAAAAUUUGUAAAUAAAAAUUGUUCAUACCCUAUCAACGUGAUUUUUAAGUGCAUUUUGGAAGUACUUUAAAUUUGGUAAAGUGUAAAAAAUUAUCAGCGAAACGUCGUAAUGUUCACCCUCUCUGUAAUACAUACUAUUUAAAAAUUUUUAGUCUAUUAAAUGACGUUUCCUUUGUUAUGUUUGCAAAAAUUCAUCUUCAAAAGUCUAUUUUUAAAAUUUGCUUAAUAAAUCAAGGUAAUAUUGCGUAGCAGUACUAUGCAACACUCAUAUUGCAUUAAAGUGCACAAGAAAAGGUGAAAAAUGCAGAGCUAUGCGGCGUUACAAGAAGCCGGUGACCCCGACGACGGCGGUGUUUUAAUUCACGUCGUCGAAUCGUCACGGGCGAGAUGGAAUCACAUCGAAGAUUUGGACUCGUUCUUCUCGCGAAUGUACAGAUACCAUCAACGGCAUGGCUUCUCGUGUAUGAUGCUGCAAGUGAUUCUAGAUUUAUUUAAAUUUUUCUUCGUGAUAGUUUUGUACACCUUUUUAACGAACUGCAUCAACUUUCCCCUGCUGUUUGGGGAUGAGAAACUUGCAAACUCGACAAAGGUAACGAUCGGUGAUGUGGUUUAUCCAGCAAAGGAGUGUAUAGCACGUUUCAGUCUAUUUACUUGGAUUGGAAUCUCGACCGCAGCUUUAGUAUGGUUGCUUCGUUUAUUCAGAGGCAUCUACUACAUGUUUUAUUAUUGGGAUAUUAAACAAUUUUUUAAUUCGGCUUUGAGUGUCGCCGAUUGUGAUUUAGAUAAUUUAACGUGGCACGAAGUACAAACGAAAAUACGCGCCGUGCAAUUAGAACAGCAAAUGUGUAUACAUAAGAAGGAAUUGACAGAGUUGGAUAUUUAUCAUCGUAUAUUAAGGCAACAGAAUUACCUUGUCGCUAUGGCGAAUAAGCGACUGUUACAACCGCGACUGCAAGUUCCCAUAAUUGGUGAAGCGGUGUAUUGGACGCGUGGAUUGCGUUAUAAUAUGCAAUUGCUAUUGUUCUCGAGUCCUUGGUCUCCAUUUCAAAAUCCGUGGCAUCUACGAGAGGAAUACAAAAAACCUAAUCUUAGACACGAAUUAGCGAAUAAAUUUGGACGUCUCGUAUUAUGGUUAGCUUUAGCAAAUUUAGUAUUAUCGCCGUUAAUAUUCUUUUGGCAAAUACUUUACGCUUUCUUCAGUCAUGCAGAAAUUCUGAAAAGGGAGCCAGGCACUUUAGGAAUAAGAACCUGGUCGUUAUAUGGUAGAUUAUACCUUCGACAUUUUAACGAAUUAGAUCACGAAUUACAGGCACGUUUAAAUCGUGCCCAUCGUCCUGCGAGUCGUUACCUAUCUGCAUUUAAUUCUCCUAUGGUAACGAUAAUUGCGAAUAAUUUCGCCUUUAUAUUUGGUGCAAUACUAGCAGUGUUACUUGUUUUGACCGUCUACGACGAGGAUGUUUUAGCAGUUGAACACAUUUUAACCACCAUUACGGUUUUGGGAGCGGGUUUAGCGGUGUGUCGAGCACUAAUUCCCGACGAAACUCAGGCAUGGUGUCCGGAAACUCUACUCUCAAACGUGCUGGCGCACACUCACUAUCUUCCGGAUGGCUGGCGAGGACAAGCGCACACACUUCGCGUGAGGAAGGAAUUUCAACAACUUUUCCAGUAUAGAAUCGUGGGUUUACUCGAAGAACUCCUAUCGCCCAUCAUCACACCGUAUAUUUUAUGGAGACACAUUUACCCGCGGUCAUUGGAUAUUGUGGACUUUUUCCGCAAUUUUACUGUAUCUGUGGUCGGUGUUGGAGACGUGUGCAGUUUCGCACAAAUGGACGUCCGUAAGCACGGCAACCCCGAAUGGCAGGGAGCUCAGGGACAAACCGCCUUAGAUCAGUACACCCAGGCGGAAGACGGCAAAACCGAGUUAUCCCUCGUACAUUUCACACUUACAAAUCCAUGCUGGAGGCCGCCAUCGGAAGCGCAACAAUUCGUACAGGCUGUGCAACGCGAAAGCAGUUUGAUAGUCCCGCAAAGUAGCGGAGAUUACAUGCUUCAAGUUGAUUUAAACGAUAGUUCCAAUUACGGUGCGCCGGUCAGAAUGGAGGGGCCAUCGAAUACUAAUAAUCCUAGUAAUAUGAGUUUAAGUACAUUGUACCUGCACGAUCGGCAUUUUCGACAAGUAGGUAAUCGGAUUGUCCGACGAGCCGAAGAAACCACACCACUACUUUUAAGUCACUAACUCUAGUCAAAGAAAAAUUUGUAAAAAGACAUGAAUUUUGAAUAAAAUUUUGUAUAUUUGAA